AUGGCCCCCCAACCCGUUGCCCUCUAUGGGCUCGAGAUCCCCCCCGGCGUUUUGGUCCCGGCCGCGCCUGAUUUCCCGGCUUCUUUCCACAUUACCAUGGCUGCCGUCGACCCUACCGAGCAGCCGGAAGCCGACGAAGAUGGCAACGUUCCUUCUGUCCCCCGCUCCACCCUUCGUCUUGUCAAGCAGCGCCUCGGUGAUGACCUCGAUGAUGACGACGAGGUUGAUGAGGAGUACAUGAGGGCGCUCAUCGCCGCCUCUGGUGAUGAUUCUGAGGACGAGUCUGACGACGAGGCCAACGGUGGACCCAGCGACCCUUCCAAGAAGAAGAAGGGCACCGCCCAGCUCCUCGAGGCCCUCAAGAACGCCCAGGACGAUGAGGACUCGGAGGAUGAGGAGAUGACCGAUGCCAAGCCCAACGGCACCAAGUCCGACAAGAAGGGCAAGGCAAAGGCCUCGAAUGAUGACGAGGAAGAGGAGGACAGUGACGACGACGACGACGAAGAUGGCGCCGACCUGGAGCAGUAUGUUAUCUGCACACUUGACACCGAGAGGAACUAUCAACAGCCCCUGGACCUCCAUGUCGGUGAGGGUGAGAAGGUUUUCUUCAUUGUCAACGGUACUCAUACCGUCCACCUCACCGGCAACUACGUUGUCGAUGACGAAGAGGAAGAUGAUGAGGACGAGGACGAGGACGAUGAGGACCUCUACGACAUGGCGUCGGACGAGCUCUUGGGUGGCGAGCUAAGCGACGAUGAGAGCGACGAGCUCGACGGUGUCGAGAACCCCCGCGUCACUGAACUCGAGUCGGACGAGGAGGAGGCUCCCAAGCUGGUUUCUGUCGGUGAGAAGAAGAACAAGAAGAAGCGUGCGGCCGAGGAGGCUGACGGCCUCGACGAGCUCAUCACCAAGGAUGAGGAGUCCAAGCUCUCUAAGAAGCAGCUGAAGAAGCUGAAGAACAACAAGGGCGAGGCUGUCCCGGCCGAGGAAGGCAAGGGCAAGUCGGACAAGAAGGUCCAGUUCGCUAAGAACCUGGAGCAAGGUCCCACUGGCUCGGGCGAGAAGGCCAAGUCCGGCAAGGCUGCCUCGGGCGUUAAGGUUGUCCAAGGCGUCACUAUCGACGACCGCAAGGUCGGGGAAGGCCGCGUUGUCAAGAACGGCGACACGGUUGGGGUGCGCUACAUUGGCAAGCUUCAGGACGGCAAGGUCUUCGAUGCCAACAAGAAGGGCAAGCCUUUCUCUUUCAAGGUCGGCAAGAACCAGGUCAUCAAGGGCUGGGACAUCGGUGUCCUGGGAAUGAGCGUCGGCAGUGAGCGCCGUCUGACCAUUCCUCCCCAUCUGGCCUACGGCUCCAAGGGUCUGCCCGGCAUUCCGGCGAACAGCACUCUGGUGUUCGACGUCAAGCUGCUGGAGAUCAAGUAA